AGGACACGUAUUCGACUUCGGCAAAACCAUUCUCAAGGAACGAAACCUUAGCCCUUUCGAGUACAGAAACUAGACCAACCCGCACCAACCGAUAUCUAGAUUUGUAAUCGGCCAUUUGAAUCAUGGCGACGACACAGCACUAUCUCUGGGCUGGAGGUCACUUCGUCCUCCUACUAUCCGCACUCAAGAUCUUCCUCUCAAGUGUAACCUUUGGCAGCCCCUCGACGUGGUGGUACAAGCUCAGCUUUACCGGUGCUUUGUUGAGUUAUGCCAUCGUUUGCCAGAAAUCGCUUGGUACGCCCCAACCCAACGCUGCUUACCUCCGACGGGCCCUCCUCGAUGAGAACGUCCAAUACUUCCUGCUCGCGCUCUACUGGUGGACCUCGAAACCCGUGACUUUUGCUCUGCUCCCAUAUGCCAUCUUCUCGCUCUUCCAUGCUCUGACAUUUGCACGAACGACCUUAAUGCCUCGAUUCCUCCCUCCUGGUCCUCCUGCCGCCAAUGGUGGUGCUCCUACUCCCCCACCACUUGCCAAGAGGCUUCAGGUCUGGGUCAAAGCCAACUACGACCGCGCCAUGUCUCUCGUCGCCUACGCUGAAAUCCUCAUCCUCGUUCGCGUCCUCCUCGGCGCUAUCACCUUCCAAAAUUCUCUUCUCACCCCUCUCAUCUACGCUCACUUCUUGAAGCAGAGGUACUACCAGAGCGCGUUCACCAGGCACGCUUUGGCCACUGUUGACAAGAAGUUCGAGGAGCUUGUUAUCAAGAGGCCCGGCGUCCCCCCUGUUGUGGGUACUGUUUACGAGCGCGUGAAGGGUGUUGUUAAGAGUUGGGCUGGAGGAGUGUUGCAGGGUGGUGCUCCUGCUGCCGCAGGUGGAAAUGGCAAUGGUCGCUAGAGGGAUGGUGUGAAGGACGAGGGGUCGUGGGAGGCAAUGUGGUACUGGUGGGUUUGAAUGUGGUGUGUUAACCUUUCGCGUCCGGUCUUUUCUUUGACGCUUGCUGUGAGUAGUAGGUGUUUUGAAAAAUUGGACGAUGGACCUUUCACGUUUCUUUUUUAAAUCUCGGGUUAUUAUUUGGCAACCUGAUAAUCUAUUGCUGUUGGGCGGAAGACGACCUAGACGUUCUCGCCCCGCUAUUCGAACCCACCACCUCUGCUAUAUGUAAAGUCUGACCCUCGUUAUUUCCCUAUUCUCUUAUUUUGCUAUUUGAUGCCCUUGCGCUCCUUGUCUUUGCUGAUGUUCUAGCAUAAUUAACGACCUUUGUAUG